AUGGAUUACUUAGUGGAUAAUAGUCCAGCUGCAUUUGUACCAGGAAGGAUCAUCCAAGAUAAUAUCUUACUGACUCAUGAGUUGGUAAAGGGCUAUGGAAGGAAAGGAAUUUUGCCAAGAUGUAUGCUGAAGAUCGAUAUGCAGAAGGCAUAUGACUCACUUGAGUGGAGCUUGAAAACUAUGACACAUAUGAAAGAGUUCAAAUUCCACCCUAGAUGUGCACAGCUCAAAAUAGUCCAAUUGGGAUUUGCCGAUGAUCUAUUACUUUUUUUGCAAAUGAGAGGUACAAUCUGUCAAGAUGGUUUACCAAUGCUUCCAGGAGUUCUCAAUGCUUAUGGAGUGGCCACUAAUAUGAGCAAGAGCUCCAUUUAUUUUGGAGGGGUGCAACCUAUGGUGCAAGGACAAAUACUGGAGAAUCUAUGUUUUUCUAAAGGAAAUCUACCAUUCAGAUAUCUUGGAAUUCCACUAAGCACAAAAAGACUAGCAAUUGAUCAGUGCCAACCAUUAAUCGACAAAAUGGUAGGCAGAAUUACAAGCUGGACAACUAAGUUCAUAUCAUACGCAGGUAGGAUGCAAUUGGUAAAAACAAUCUUAUUCUCCAUACAAACUUUCUGGGCUCAAGUGUUUGUGCUACCAAAGAAGAUUGUCAAGCUCAUUGACUCCAUAUGUAGAAGCUUCUUAUGGACAGGAAAGGAAGACGUAUCGAAGAAAGCACUCUUUUCUUGGGAUACCAUAUACAAACCUAAGUCAGCAGGGGGUUAA